CUUUCAUUGUGUUCCAUGGUGUUUAGCGCCCCCUAGUGGAGCUCUCUGGUACUUAGAGUUAUGUACAAAAACCCGGAAGUAAAGUUGUCAUUACGCACGCAGACAGGCAGCUAGAAACAACGUUACUGUACAGUUCUUUCAGUGCAACUAUUUCUUGUUACGCUUCAGCCUCGGAAAAUAUUUGUUUUUUCACAACAUAAACGUUUUCAAUACAUUCGUUCAAGAAAAGUCACGCCUUGGAAGUUUUAUUGAAGACUCAGUUGUUAGCUAUCUGUCUAGUUUUGCACGGGAACGCAAUUCAAGGGCAGAAUAGUGAAAAAACAUCACGGCGGGCUCAAGCACAAGAAUAAUCGCACGUGGUGGUUAUGAUUCUACGUUCAUUAGCCAAAAAAGCCUCUGAUCCUAGGGAUGACCAGCAGUCUACGAUGCAGCAACCAGAGGCAAGUGUUCGACAGAAAGAGGAAGAGGAGCGAGUAAGAGAGAUGGAGGAGCCUCUUCAGCACAUUGAGACCAAGUCUCAGUCUGCAAGAUCAAGGUCAUCAAAACAGUCAAGCAGAUCCUCAACGGCAAGUUAUGCAGCCAUCAAAGCACGUGCCAAGGCGGACGCAGCGCGUGCUAGAGUCUCCUAUGCUGAAAAGGAAGCUUCUAUGAUGAAACAAAAGGCGGAACUGGAUGCGAGUUUAUAUGUUCUCCAAGUUGAGAGAACAGCUGCUGCUGCGUUGGCUGAAGCUGUAGCCUUUGAAGAAGCUGUAGAGUCUGAACGCAGAGAGCUCCACAGAGAACUCAACACAGGGACACAGCCCUUAAGUCCAGUCCAACGUACUCGUGAGUAUGUGCAACAACAUGCUAGGCCCUACUUUGCUGAAAUGCCAUUUGAAGUAGAGACACAAGAGCUUAGUGUUGACCCAGCUACAGGCCACAAUCCAGAAAGUAGCAAACAACGGAGCAUGAGCAGAGACUCUCCGUACAAAAUAAAUGAAAAGCAGCAUGGUGGAAAGGGAAAACAAACCCACUUCCAGUCACCGAAACAAAGCUUCCCUGAGUCACAAGUGGCACCAGAACUCACCAAGUACCUCCUGCGCCGUGAGAUGGUGAGUUCCGGACUCCUGAAGUUUGAUGAUCGUCCUGAAAAUUAUUGGGCAUGGAAAGCAUCUUUUCUCAAUGCGACCAGAGACUUGAAUCUAUCAGCCAGGGAAGAGUUAGAUCUAAUUACCAAGUGGCUGGGGGCAGAGUCGUCUGAGCAAGCAAAGAGAAUUAGAUCUGUCUAUAUUCUCAAUGCAACAGCAGGGCUUAACAUGGUCUGGCAACGACUAGAAGAGUGCUAUGGUACACCCAAAGUGAUCGAGAAUGCACUGUUGAAGAAAAUUGAUGAAUUUCCAAAACUGUCUAACAAAGACAAUCACAAACUAAGAGAACUGGGUGACAUUCUUCUCGAACUGGAGUGUGCUAAAGAAGAAGGGUACCUUCCAGGCCUCGCUUAUCUGGACACAUCUCGUGGGGUAAACCCUAUAGUAGAGAAACUUCCAUUCAGUUUACAAGAGAAAUGGAUAGCACAGGGAUCCAAAUACAAGGAGGACUAUCGGGUAGCAUUCCCACCAUUCUCGUUUUCUCGAGAUUCAUCAGGAACCAGGCGAAAAUUAGAAACGACCCCAGCUUCACCCUCUACACCUCAACUACCCAGGUGUCUGUGA